AUGCUCAUAGGCAUUCCAUGCCCUGUUUCGCGAGCCACGGUCGAACUCGAAGCCGCGGGGGCUCCCAACGCGAUAUCACCACCGAACCGAACGGAUCGACCCAUUCCGGCUCGUGCCGCUCUCACCACCCUCAGCAUGCCAAAAUACACGGAAGAAGCGCUACAAAACGCAAUAAGAGACGUCGAAUCCGGCACAUCAGCGAAACGAGCGGCCAAGACGUGGGGCGUCCCUCGGUCCACGCUGCAAAACCGAGUCAGGGGCAGCAAACCCCGAAGGGAAGCCUAUGAGUCCCUACAACGGCUCCCAAGGACCAGGAGCGACUCCUGGUCAAGUGGGCCGUGA